AUUGAACGAUGUUCACUAGAAACAGUAUUGCGUUGAACUACAUUUCCCAGAAUUCUGCGCUCUUCCUUCAAUUCAAUGGGAGGGGCUGAAGGAGAGGCAUGGCAGCUGGCAUCUUAUCUAGAGUAACCCAGGCUCUCCGGGGUUCUCGGUUGGUCGGUGCUGCGUUCUCGUGUCAUGGACAGACAUUCAGCACCGCAGCGGCUGCAGUGCAACCGCCGCCUGCACUGAGCGAUGACACCGCUGCGAACGAGAAGAUCCUAAACUUCCCCCUCACUCAGCCAGACUAUUUCCGCUUGUCAGAACUCUUCACCUUAAAAGACCUGUUUGAGGCCCGUAUACAUCUUGGACACAAGAAGGGCUGCAGACACAGGUUGAUGGAAUCGUAUCUGUUUGGUUCUCGUCUUGAUAUGGACAUCAUUGAUCUUGAUCAAACAGCCGAGCACCUCCAGAGGGCGCUAAACUUCACUGCUCAUGUUGCGUACCGCGGCGGUAUAAUUUUGUUUGUCAGCCGAAGGCGGCAGUUCAGUCACCUGGUGGAGAUGACGGCGCGAGAGUGCGGCGAGUACGCUCAUACACGAUAUUGGCAGGGCGGACUGCUCACCAACGCCCCUGUCCAGUACAGUCCUGGCAUCCGACUGCCAGACCUCGUCGUAUUCCUUUCCACACUCAAUAACGUUUUUCAACCACAUGUCGGAAUCCGGGAUGCGGCCAAGAUGAAUAUUCCCACGGUCGGGAUUGUGGACUCUAAUUGCAACCCCAGCCUCCUCACGUACCCGGUGCCUGGCAACGAUGACACUCCUGUUGCCAUGGAGAUGUACUGUCGGCUGUUCAAAAUGACGAUCAACAGGGCGAAGGACAAGAGGAGGCAGAUGGAGUUGUUAAAAGGGAUUUCAGCCUCCGUAUGAAGGAGGAAACAGCGAGUGUGUGCAUGUCAAAAGCUUUAGGUGGAAAUAAGAAUCCAAAAGUAACUGCACAGCCCCGUUGUAUCCAUGUAUUCUUGUUUAUGAUGAAAAUUCAAGACCUACAAUAAUUUGAAACACAUUUGAUCAAACUUUUUUCAGAACUUGUUUCAGACAUUGUCCAUCAGAAUACACUGACCAACACAGAACUUAAAGGGAUAGUUCACCCAAAAAUGAAAAUUCACUCAUCAUAUACUCACCACAAAUAAAGAUUUUUAGAAGAAUUUCUAAGCUCUGUAGGUCCAUAGAAUGCAAGUUGCAACACUUUAAAGCUCCAAAAAGUACAGACAGUCGUAGUAAAAGUCAUCCAUACAACUCCAGUGGUUAAAUUAAUGUCUUCUAUAGUGAUACGAACGCUUUGGGUGAGAAACUGAUCAAUAUUUAAGUCAUUUUGUACUAUAAAUGUUCACUUCCGGUCGCUCUCCAAUGCGCAUUCAUGAGGAUCGAGUACACACAGGAAGUAAUACCAGUUUGGAACAAUAUGAGGGUGAGUAAAUUAUGACAGAAUUUUCAUUUUUGGGUGAACUGUCCCUUUAAUUUACUUUGAACACUUAUAUUGGGUACAUAUAUGUACCCAAUAAAUAAAGUUGAACAAAUCCAUAAUGUUGUGUUUAUUAUUUUAUGUUCCUGUGUGCAUAUGUAAAUUUGAGAACCGUGCAAAUAAAUAGGCAACAA